AUGGGUGCAGUUGUUCAUGAAUAUCAUUCUGUGCUUCGGUUUCCCACUUUCUUCUCUUUCAGCAAGCAGCCCAAGCUGGGAAAAUCCAUUUUCACUCUGAAAGAUGUGCCUUCACCCUUUGAGCGAAAGGGCCUUCACUUAACUGUGUCCUGCAUUGGAUCUGAAGGAAAUGGAGGAGACCAACCUCCUCGGAGACGUUCUGCUUCUGGAAGAACGAAUAAGAACGAUGGAACUAAGAAACGUGGACCAGCUGGUAAAAAAUCUAAGGCAUCUGACCAGGAAGAGAUCAUUUCUCUAUUCAGACGGAUACAGACUUCGAUCUCGAACAAAGAGUCUGUAAAUGCUAAGAAGAAAAAUUCCAAUGUCUCUGAAGAUAGUCCCUCUUCUGAGUCAAUUCUUCAGGCUCUUUAUGGAUCGAGGAAGCAAAAAGGCAAAGCUUUAGACAAAGCAGGGCAAGAGGUCUGGACAAGGAGGAAAGAUACGCAAGAGCAGCAAAUACAGGAGAAUCCCUCAGUUGCAGAGUUCAAGUUAACGCGCCCACCGUCUAAAUUUGUGAAAAGAUCUCCGAUUCCAUCUCAAUCAAUCCCAAGAGGACAAGUUCUUGAGCUGAAUAACGGAGCAUCAUCUUCUGCGGCUGGAAGAAUAGAAGAAAUGAAACUCCCUGAGUUGAAAGAACUGGCAAAGACCAGAGGAAUUAAAGGUUACUCGAAACUUAAAAAGAGCGAGCUCGUUCAACUGCUGAAGUCCUAA